GGUUUACGGAUUUAAUUUGUAGUGUCAGUCCAUCAGCUAUUGUCGCACUUACAAAUUUUAAUUACAUCAAAAUCUUUCGUUUCGUAUACUAAGCGCUGAUAUCUAUGUCUCGUUAUAAUAAAAUAUAAUAUAUCCACUUAAUAAACUCCGAGUGACUCAUUUCCGCACAGCGCUUAUCUACAGCGGACCACGCCGCACAUAUUGAAAUAAUAUUAUAAGGACAAUAAUAUAAUACACACAACAGUAAAACAAUAUGUUUGUCCUGUCGCACACCAUCUUCUCUGUGUUUGCUGUAGCUGUACUGUUGAAUAUCUUCUACUUCGAUCCUACCCAAUCACUGGAAACCGUCGAUGUCUAUUGGACGUGUAAGGAUUGCAUAGUUUCUAUAUGCCACAAGACCGGUCAUCCGUGCUGCCCCACCACGGCUGGCCAAUUCGCAUGUAUGAGGUGUGAUAAACAAACUCUUGACGGAGACAAACAGUUCUACUCUGAAAAUGACUGCAAGAGUUCAUGUUCGGACCCGUCAAAGUGUACUUGUGAUGGUGUUUGUUGGGUUUGCGUUUUAAAAGGCAACGCACCUUCAAUGCCUUGUGAUAAUCUGGGAUAUGUGUUGGAUGACAAUUGUAAAGAGGUGCCGUACCAUCCUAAAUGAGGUUAGGUAAAAAAAAUAAUUGCUUUUAUAUAUUUGUAUAUAUUUAGCCAUCCGAUCAUCACAACGAUGACUUCAAUAUCACUGUUCUAUGCCCGACAAUUCUUUUGCAUACGAUAUUAACCGUUUUAAUGACUUUUUGUCAACAGUUCACCAAAAAUUUGUUUAACAAUAAAACUUAUUAUUGUUGUAAUUAUUCUAUUAAUUUGCAUAAUCAAUCUAUAUUAUUAUUGUUAUAUUAUUUAAAUAGUUAAGUCUAUAAAUUAUUGUAGUAUUAUGGUUUGAAAUCGAUACACAUUUUCCAUCAUUUGUAUUAUUGUAUGAAUACUAAUCUAUUACUCUUCUCAUAUUUAUUUUUAUUUUAUCCUUACCAAAAUGUUGAUGCACGCGUUUAGAAUGUCAAAUGUUGUAAAGAGGUAUCAUGUUGUACAAUCACAAGUUAUAUAAUAAGGUAUCGAAAAAUGUUGUAUUCAUUCGAAAACCGAAAUUGUUUAACUAUUGUAAUAUUAUAUUAUGUACUGUUGCACUCAUACCAUUUCAUUAUGUAUUAUUGCAUGAAUAUUAAAGUAUUAAUCAAACUCAUAUAUUAUA